ACAUUAGCUGCUCUUCCGUUGCCCAUGACACCGGAGCGAAGUUCUGACAGCUGAUUUCCAAACCGGUUUCCGACACUUUCAGAACCCCAGGUCCCGGUUUUCGGCUUGUUUCCCAUUUGGAGGCGUUUGCUGCUUCCCAGCUGCGGUGUUCCUGACGGCGGGUUUACCGGGAUACAGCGGCUGAUUAUGGUGUAGCACGGAACGUUAGCUCGGAGAGACGGAAGACAUCUAAGCAGCGGACGCAGAGUGGUGUAGAGCAGACGGAGCAGCUUAGCCAUGCUUACACUGGCCAGCAAGUUGAAGAAGGACGAUGGAGGAAAGACAGGCCGUGCCUCUGGAGCCUCUGACUCCACCCACAGGGUCUCCAUCAGAGACCGCCUCCUCACCAAAGAAGUUGCAGAACUUGAAGCCAAUCUCCCUAGUACAUGCAAAGCCAGUUUCCCAGAUGAGAAUAAGCUGCAUCACUUUCAGCUGGCAGUGUCUCCUGAUGAAGGUUACUACCAAAGUGGAAGGUUUCAGUUUGAAAUAGAUGUCCCUGAAGCCUAUAACAUGGUGCCUCCUAAAGUCAGAUGUCUGACCAGAAUAUGGCAUCCGAAUAUCACAGAAAAUGGAGAGAUCUGUUUGAGCUUAUUGAGAGAACAUUCAAUUGACGGCACAGGUUGGGCACCAACUAGAACGUUAAAGGAUGUGGUCUGGGGAUUGAACUCCUUGUUUACUGACCUGCUGAACUUCGAUGACCCACUGAACAUCGACGCAGCAGAACAUCAUCUGAGAGACAAGGAGGAUUUUCGAAAUAAGGUUCAAGAUUACAUCAAGCACUACGCCAGAUGAUAGAUGCAUCGGCUACCCCCAGCAGCCGUGCGACAAACAACCAAACUGCUCUACCUUGCCUCUGCUUAUCUGGCCGACUCCUCCUCGUGUGAAACAGCAGCAGACUCUUUGACUCUUACUACUCCCCUCCACCUCCAUAUGACACGGCAACCCCCGCAAUAAACUUCACACUGCAGAAAUAAUAAAAAAAAAAAAGAAAAAAAUAGUAAAAAAC